AUGAAACACAUUUCUCAUAAAUUAUAGGUCUUAAAUAAGUCCGAGCUGGAAAAAUCACUUAUUAAAGCUUCUUGGAAUGAUGAAUUUAGCUCUCCAAAGUAAAAGCACUUUAAAAAGUGCCUAGAAAUCUUCGAAGGAAAGUGUAGCAUAGACAAUUAUGCUAUCUUAGUAAAUCAUAUGAAACAGAUAUCACUCAAAAAGUGGAUUUAUUCUGCUAAAAUACUUUAUAUUGUUUAAGCAAGCAUUUCGAAUUCAAAGAAUUUAAAUUUAUGUGAUUAUAUUCAUCAUGAUAGCAAUGAAUUUAAGAAACUUCGUCAGGAUUUGCUAAAAAAUGUUGUUAAGCCAGCACCUCAUCUUGACUAAUUUUAAUACUUAGCAUCAUAGUUUAUUUUCUACUAUUUCAAGUAUAUUAUGAAGUUUGCUUAAUACACGAGGGUAUUUUUAAAAAUCCAAGAAAACAAUUUAGAUAUUUGUGAAGAAGACUAAGAAGCAGAAAAUAAUUAAAAAUAGGAUAUUUUACUAAAAGAAAUAGAAGACAUGGAAAUAGUUAUUAAGGUACUAGAGACUAUUAUAUAUAUUUUUGAUAAAAUUUUGUAAUAUAUGCUUGUACCAAAGUAUUCUAAUAAAUAUUAGUUUUUAAAGGAACUCACAAUAUCCCUCUUUGCAGAUCUCGAGAAGUAUUAUGCAAAAUGUAGGAUUUUCUGUGAAAACUGCAUGCUUCUGAUAUUCAGAUAAAGUAACAAUCACCUAAUAGUAUAGAGGAUUUACUAGUUCUACUGUGACUUUAUCAAAUUCACUAAGAAUAUUUAAAAAUUUGAGUUCGUUUUAAAUUAUUGUAAGCCUUUUGAAGCUAAAAAAAUAUAGUAUUUUCAAUUAAAUGUAAACAAAAAUAAAGAAAUUGAAAUGUUUGUGAAUAAUAUCAACAAAAUGGAGUAAAUUGAACCAAAAAAUACAACAAUUUUUAGUAAGUUGGGUUAUCAAUAGGAAAUAAAAGAAGUCUAAAAUAAUAAAUAAAAUAUUUAAGAAUACAAAAAUUUAAAUAAUAAUGAAAGGAAUGAUUGGUAGUGUGAAGAAAUGAGUAAAGAUUAUAAUUUAAUCAAUGGAAAAGAGACUAAAAAAUGUAAAAAUAAGGAUGUGUAGAGAAUUGAGAACAAAUAAAUUUAUAUGGUAUAGAAGGAAAAUAAGAAUGAAAGUUUAAAUUAAUAAAAAGAUUAAGCAGAAAAUUAAGUUAAUGACAAAAAUAAUUAAAAUAAUUGCAAAAAGUAUUCAGAAAUUUUUUUUAACGCUACUGAUUAAAAAAAUACUGAAAAUCAAAGUUAAGUUUUUAAUAAUUAAAAUUAGUUUUCAGCAUCGAGAAAUGCAAUUAAACAGAAUAAUUUCAUGUAAACUCACUGUGAAGAAACAAUAAAAUGUAAGUACAGUAACCAUAACUUACUCAAGCAAUCCAAAACUUAAGAAAUGUAUUUUGAAUGUAGUUAAUAAUAAAGCAAACAGAUAAUUUCUUCAAGCAAAAAUGGCAGCAAUAACUUAACUGAAAAAAUCAAAGACUCUAUUUCAUCUACAAAGGUUUAAAAAAGCGAGCAUGCUGAUAAAGAAGAAGAAAAAAUUACUGAUAUCUAGUUUCUAAACUCUGCAAAAUCUCAAACAAGCUAGAAUUCACCUUCUAAAUUCAUUCAAUUAGAUAAAAAUGAAAAUAUUUUAGGUUCUAAGAAUAAGGACAAUAAAGGAUAGUGCGAUAAGCCAAAUAAAUUUAAUAAUUAGAUAUUUUAAUUUGAAUUACCAAACUACCAUUAAUCAAAAUAAGAUUUAUCAGAUUAUGGUGGAAUAGAAAAAAAUUAUGAAAGCAGAUCUAACUUAAAAUAGAAAUUCUAAUAAAUAAAUGAUUUUGGCAGAAAUUCCAAUUCUUCAUCUCCAGAGUCUAUCAAAGAAACAUCAAAAUCAAGUAAUAACUAAAGCAAAAACAAAAUAACUCCUUUGCAUAAAGCAUAGCAUUAUAGUACAAAAAACUCCUCAGAAUAUGAUGACUUUAACUAUUACUCAAGUUCUAAUCUUUUAGGAAUUAAAAACACUUAAAGGAGUAAUCACCCAAAUAGCUUCUUUAGUCCAAAGAUUAAAAAUGAUUAAAAAUUAUUUUAAUCUCCUAAAAAUAUAGAUGUGAUGGGAUAAAAUCCUUAGAGAGAUUCCAUUUAACCUAACAACUUCAUUUUGAAUUUAAUGCAAAAAGUCGAAAAAAAAGAAGAAAAAAAUAUAAUCAGCAAUAUAUUUAAUAAUAUCAAAAGGCAGGACUCCGCUAUUGAAAAUAUAGUAGCAUCUUAGCAAGAAACUCUACAACAAUUAAAUAGUAAUAUUAACAAUUAAAAAAUGCAAUAAUCUGAACUAACAUAAUAAUAAAUCGCUAAUAAAAUACGAUUAGAAUAAAUUGAUUAAAAUUAAUUUUAGUCACAAUAAAAAUAAUUCUCUUAGUCAGUAAAAUCUUCUCAUAAAAGAUUCAAUUUCGGAAACAACUCUAAGCAAAAAAAAAUAAGAAACACAAAUACAGCUUCCUUAGUUAACAUAGAAUUUUAUUACAUGAGCGAUUAGGAGUCAGAACAAGAAUAGGCUCCUUUGAAAAUAUCUAAAGUUGUUUAGAAAAUAAUCCCAGAUUAAAAAAAAAAAGAGAUCAAUGAAUAGAGAGUUAAAAUAGAGAAUGACGAUUAAAUGUAAUAUUAAUGCAAGGAGAUAUUUUCUAUCUAAGAAGAACAAAAUCAUCUAAGUAUUGAUUUUAUUCCUUCUAUUUAAAAAUAAAACUCAAAAGAAAAAGCUGAAAAUGGUACUUCAUUGAAAACCAAUAACAUCAAUUAGCAAAUUUAAAUUUGCCCUCAACUUUUUGAAAAAUAAGAAAUAAAUUAGUUUACUGAAAUACAAGAAAAUGUGAAUCAAGAUAUAAAAGAUAAUUAAGAAAAUUAUUAAUUUGAUAUCACAGAAUUCAAAGAUACUAACAGACAAAAAUCAGAUAAAAUGUUUGAUACUUAAAAUAACAAGGAUAUAAUUAAUAUAAGCAAUGUACUUCAACCAGACGAUUUUUAAAUCAUAACAAAUUAAAAGGAAAGUGUAAACAUAUAGUAAUUUAUAGAUGAUAAUACUGUUUAGAAGUAAGAAAUACUUAAUAACAAUUACAAUAAUGAGCAAACUCAAUUUUAAAACCAAUAAGAUGACUAUUAAUGCUAAUUAGGUCAAAUAAACCUUAAUUAAAAAGAUUCAUUUAAUUGUUAUGAACAAUAUUCAUUUGAUAAAAAUGAUGACUCUUUUCAACAAAAUUAAAAAGAAAUUUUUUAGUAAUAAACUUCUAUUAAUUUAUAAGAAGAAUAAAUUAUCAAUUCUUAACCUAGUUAUAAAGUUAACAGUGUCAAAAUCCCUCAGUCUCCACAAACUUCAAAAGCCUUUCACAAUAAAUUUUUCCUAGGAAAUAAGAAUUUUUCUUCAUUUGUUGAAAAUGAUGAAAGACAUAAUUACUAAAAAAAAAUAAAAACUCCUCUAAAAUUAAAAUCAUAUAGAAAAACUGAUUAAGAUCAACUAUAAUUUACAAAUUAAGAGGGAUAAUAAAAAGCUCAACUUCAAAUGUAAGAAAGAAAUUCUUUCAGAUCUAUUAGAAGAUUUAGUAGUAGAAAUAAAUCAAAUAAUAGUUCCAACAAAUUUUUUUAAGAGAGUGCUGUUAUUGAUAGUCAGUAGAUCUAAUAAAUUGUAUAAUCAAAAAGUUAACAAAAUGGAACUUCAUUACCCAUGAGUUAUAUGAACGCUAACUAAAUUUUAGAUGGCAACUCUAAUAUAGGAUUUUAAAUUCACUAAAGAUAAUAAGAAUUAGAAAAUAAUUAAACAUUAUCAACAAUAGCAUCUUCUGUUUAAUAAUAGGAUAUGUUUAAUCUUAACAAUAAAUUUAACAUUGAAAAAAAAACAUUUUCAAAUCAAUCAGCUUAUAUUAACAUAAAUAGUUUGAUUUCUUAAAAGAAGGACAAUGCUAAAAACAAUUUUUAAGAUUCAUAAAAACCUGAAAAUAUAGAUGUAGAUUAAGAUGAAAUAAAUAAUAAUAAGGUAUUUGAUAAGCUAUUAACUAAUCAAUCUAUUUAUAAUACUCAAGAAGAUACUUCCAAUUUCUACUCUAAAAACAAAGAAACUCUACUAACAAAAUAAAAAAUGCAAACUGAAGGUGCAGUACUAAUGCCUAUAGAAGAUAUAGAAAAAUAAAAACUAUUUCCUGGAAAUUCUUUUAGAAGAUCUAUUUUAUUAAAGAUUGACAAUGAAAUACCGAAAUAAAAAGAUCCAGAACAAUUUUAAAAAUAACUUUCUGAGUAAGCUGAGUUAGAUCUAAAAUUACAUAAGAGUAAUUCUUCAUAAAAUUAAAUAAUUUCGCUCAUAUAAAAUUAAAAUAUACUAGAAGUUGCUGUAAAAGCCAUGUAAUCUGCUUCUGUAAGGAAUGUAUCUUACAGUUAACAUUAGUAGUAGAAGAAAAUAAUUUUUAAGGAUUUAAAUUUGAAUAGCGCUAAGGACAUUAAGAAUAACCAAAAAAAUUAAUUGGAUAACUUAAAAAGUUAAAUUACAAGCAAGUGUACUGUGGAUUUGCAACUAAAUUAAGAUAAAUAAACUAAAUUUUUUUAAAACAAAGAAAGAGCAAUAACAACAAUAGAUUAAAAGUUAAAUAACAACUAUAGUACAUUUUUUGAUAAAAUAAAUUCAAAUAAUUAAAUUUAAUUUGGUUAAUUAAGAAUAAAUUAAAACUAAAAGAGUUCUUUAGCAACUUAAAAUAUGAAUGGCUUGAAAACAUUUUAUUAAAAUAAUAAACUACAUACUAAAGAUUUAAAUGCUGAUUCUUUUAAAAAUAUAAUUCCUUCUAAUUAAUCAAACUUGUCAAAUUAAUAAAAUUAAUUAUUUAGCAGCUCUUUGAAAAAUAAUAACGAAAGCCAAAACUCAAACAUUUUAGGACAAAUACCUAAACUAAAUUACAAUUUAACUAAUAUCCCAUUUAAGAGCAAAACAACUACUAAUAAAUAGUAUGAUAAUUAAUAAUUAUUAGCUUAAAUUUGA